CAGCUGUUCGUCUCAUCCAAAACAUUACUUUCAGGAACGCGUGUAAAAGGCUCACAGUCGGUCACUCCCACCGAUGUGCGCGUAGAGUCAUCGACGCGCGCGCCAGCGUCAUCUGAAAGUUUCAUUCUCACGUUUCCAACAUAACGCGCAGCUUCACAGCUGGAGUCUACAAUGCGCUUCUCAAAUAUAGCCUUUCUCUAAAAUUUUAGGGAUUUGUUUAUACUUUUUUGACGUUUCCCCGCAUCGGAAUAUAAGCAAUUGUUGUCAUAUUGGAUUGAGAGAAAAAAAAAAAAAAAACGACAACAAUUAAAACCUUAAUGAAUGAAAACAUUUUCAUCUUUUUCAUCAUCAGUGGAGAAUUUGCAUCCUAAAGUGAAUGGACUAUUACAUGAUUUCUGGAGAUGGAAUUUUAAGGAAUGCUGUGGACCAAAUCAUGCCGGAUUGUUGAAAUAAUUGUUACUCCUGUUAACAAAGUUUAAGGUGCUGCUGCUGUGAGGCUGAAGAUGGGUCGCUUUUAUGCUCAGGUUUUGAUGAUGCUGGUGUUAGUAGAACUGCCUGUAUAUGUACGGUGUUGCCCGAGGCCAUGUGCGUGCCACCAGCCCGCAGAGGUGCACUGCACGUUCCGCUCCUUACUCACGGUGCCUGCUGGCGUGCCCAAACAGGUGGAGCGGAUGAAUUUGGGGUUUAAUUCUAUAAAUAGAAUAACUUACAGCUCUUUUGCUGAGUUACGAAAACUGGAGCUUCUUUUAAUGCAUGGCAAUGAUGUGCAUCAAAUUCCUGAUGGAACAUUCCGUGACCUCGUAUCCCUUCAGAUGCUGAAACUAAGCUAUAAUAAACUGGAGGUAAUUAGCAGGCAAACCCUUACUGGUCUCUCGAGUCUCACUAGGUUGCACCUGGAUCACAACAGACUUGAGUUCAUCCAUCCUGAUACAUUCCAAGGCCUCACGUCACUUCGCCUUCUCCAAUUGGAGGGCAAUCAACUUCAGCAGCUCCAUCCAGCCACCUUCUCCACUUUCUCUAUUCAUGGACACUUCCCAGUGUCCACCCUGAAGCACUUGUACCUGUCAGAUAAUAUACUGACCACAUUAUCACAGAGGAUGCUAGCAGGCAUGCCCUACCUGGAGAACCUCUCCCUGCAUGGGAACCCCUGGACCUGUGACUGUCGCAUGAGAUGGUUCAAAGAGUGGAAUAAAAAUUCACCAGGUGUGCUGAAAUGUAAGAAGGACAAAGCCUAUCUGGAUGGCCAGCUAUGCCCUAUGUGUUUCUCUCCAAAACACCUAAAGAAGAAACAACUACAGGAGUUGGAGAAAUCCACUUGCAAUAGUCCCAUCAUCCACACCUCUCACAGAGCCAUUUCCCCAGAGGACACUGAAAGUGACCUCCUGGCGAUGGAUGAAUUUCGUCAACCCCUUGGCAACAUUUCCCUGGGCCUAUCAGAUGAACAUGGACAUCAAGUAGACCUGGAAUGCAUUGUCACUGAGCCAGGAGAGCUUCCAAGUAUAGGCUGGGACAAUGUUAACCAGUAUCAAAUAUCAGUUAAUGUGACUCUGACGUUAGAUUUGAAGUGUGCUAUUGACAGGUCCAGUUAUGAAAAGUUGUGGAGAUUGAUUGCAUAUUAUAGUGAUGUUCCAGCCCACCUUCGUAGGGAAAUUAUGCUAAGUAAGGACCCUUACACAAGCUUUAGAUAUCGGCAAGAUGUUGAAAAGGAUGCUCUUUACUAUACAGGAGUAAAAGCUAACAUAGCAGCUGACCCACCCUGGUUAAUGCAGUCAUCAAUGGACCUCCAGCUAAACAGACUUCGGUCGACAAGUAAAAGUGUUCAAAUUAUUUUGAGCACCCAUCUGACUGAAAUAAUGGAAAAGGAAUAUAUAAGACAGCAGAGUAGGGGCUGGGUUAUAAUUGAGUCCAGGAACAACACUAGAACGAUGCAGACUGCUCUUGUGGGAAGUCCUGCUAAAAUAAACUGUACCAUACAUAGCUCAGGGAACGACUCAGUUAAAUGGAUGCUACCUGAUGGCUCUACUUUAAAAACACCUUAUAGCAAUGUUGAUAGAAGGCUUUCAGCUUCAAGUGGUGGUGUUCUUGAAAUCAAAUCUCUGGAUCAUUCUGAUUCAGGAGUCUACUACUGUAUUGCACAGGUUUCAGAUGAUCUUACGACUCCCUUUCGCCUGACAGUGGAGGAAUCCUCCAGCCCACCUCCUGGAGGUGAAGGAGUAACAGAGCCAAUAGCGGGAUUAACAGGACGACCGGUUUUCCUUCCAUGUGUCACCACUGGAUCCCCUGAUGCUGAUAUAUACUGGAUUCUCCCUGAUGGCAGAAUUGUUAACAAGUGGACAAACAUUUCCAGGAUAUUUGUGGCUUCAAAUGGAACUCUGAUUAUUCGACACAGUCAGCUUUCAGACAAUGGAUACUAUAAGUGUGUAGCAGGAAACCAGCAUGGGAUGGACACUUUGGCCACAAAAGUAAUAAUAACUAGGCCACCAGGUAUUAUUCCCUUACGGAAGUACUCCAGCAACCCUCAACCUGCUGAGGGAGUUUCAACCAAAAUAAAAGUUCUUGUGAAAAAUUAUGUGGAGUCAUCUGGGGAUAAUGAACCUGAAGAGUUUUUAGAGAAAGCGCUUCCUACGCAAGUGGAUUUUCCCAAUCGGCGGAGGGUCCCAAGUAUGGGAAUAAGGGGAGGCCAUCCAUCUAGGAAUUCCUGGAGACGCCCUGUUACACCAAGGAGGAGAAUAGGUACCCCAGUAGUGGACGGGGUUAACACUGUAGAGUCAAAGAGAAGAAUUAACAUGUCAAACAACCAAAUAGACCCAAAGCACUGGGCUAACAUUUUGGCCAAAGUUCGCAGUGGUGGAACCAGUUCAAAAACAACUAGUCCAAACUAUUUUGAGACCAGUACACACAAAAUACAGGAGUCAGAGGCUGCCUACACAAAGCAACCAUUAAGAUCAUCUACAGAAGGUACAACAACAAGGGCACCAGUAAAGGAAGUAUUGUACUCAGUUAAAAUGACACAAAUGCCUAUUGAGGCCACUGAGCACAACUUGGAUAUAAAAGCUCUGGAUUCUGAGGAUGCAAGAUAUGUUAUUUACCAGAUAGCAGCUCCUAAAACAGACUCAAAUUCAGAUUUGUUUACAGUUAGCACAUAUAUCACACAACCCACAGUUGGACCACAGAUGACCCGUUUUACUGUGAGAGAUUCAGAGGUUGCAGAUGUAGUUGCAGGGAGCACUGUGUGGAGCACAACAUCAUAUGGAACCUCUUUACAGGAAAACCAAAGCCACACAAUGGAUGUAACUGAAGCAAUUAAAAAUUCUGUUGGUGGAGAUGAUGAAGAAUACAGGGUUUUGCAGAACCAUGAGCAUGUGGAAGAGGUUUAUCAGGAAAGGAUGCAUCACAGCUUAGUAUCAGCCACAGCAAAACCCGUCACAGAACCAAGUACAGAAACUGCUGUGUACUCAUUUACUGAAAUUAAGCAAGGACCACAGACCUUACAAAAGCACACACCCCAAGAAAAACAUAAUGUCUCCAAAAUUCCACUGCUUCUUACUGUGACACCAACCACCAAACUCAAUUCAGGACAUAAAGCAACAUUCACUAAUUUACUUAAUGCUUCCUCUUCACAUGCUAGGAACUCAUCCAGUUUAAGGAGGAAUGGUGGAAGACGUAGAAAGCCUAAUCGAAUUAGAACUAAGACAAACAAUUCUAAAUCAUCGGUAUAUGUCACAAAUGUCACCCCACAGCCCACUUCAGCUUCAAUUGCGGAGGUCACAAAUGAGUUUUCAGUCGUUACUAGGACAACUGCCUCCUCUCAAACUAAAAUAGAAACAUCUCCAUGGGCCAAAAGUGUAGGAGCCAAGAUUAAUACUACUGUUCCAUUAACUGACAGCCAACCAGAUUCACUAGGCAAAAUGACUCAUGAAGAGAACACAGACCCUUUAUACAGUGGCAGGAAUCACAAAACCCACAAAUCCCUAUCGCAACAAAAAGUAUCUAUGACAAAGGAGAAACACUCAUCUCAAGCUAAGCCAGCUCAAGAGAAAAGCACCACAACAGUACUAGUGUCUUCAUCAACAUUCAGUAGUUUUAGAAGUGAAAAAGAAAAAGCAACCAUAGAGAAAGAAAAAAAAUCCAACUUUUCUACUCAUAUUCCAAAUCCUCCAAUGAAGGCAGCCAUUCAUGAGUGGUUUACAAGCACCCACACCCCUGCAGCUAAAACGUUUGAAGAGACUCAACAGGGAAACAUUACAGCAGACCACAGCUCAAGCCCAACGUCAAACGACUCUCAUGCACAAUUAGAAGAAGUUCCAGAUGCAAGUCCAGACAAAACAAACGGCCAAUAUAACCCCACAGAGAUUGAAAAAGUUCUGUCAUACAAAGAGCUUGAAAGAAGGUCAUUUUCUUCAUCUUCACCAAUUACACAGUAUGGAAUCAUCAAAAAUAAUUCAGAAAUCCUAUAUGGUUCAGCAACAGCAACUGCUACAAUUUUUGAUGAGGCACAAAAGAGUUCACAUGUUCCAACAGGAAGGACCAAAAGCUAUCCGGCAUUAGUGCUUGCAACAACAAAACCAAUUAGGCUUCCAACUGGUGGCAUUCACAACAGACACAAUUCUGUUUUAUCCAUGAACCCUUGGUAUCCUUCAGGAAAUAAUAAUGUGUCUCCUGUUACAAAAGAAAACAUAGUUGCCACAACAACAACUACAACAACCCUGAGGAAUCCUACAGUACAUACACAUAUGCUUUACCCAAAUACACCCACUUAUGUGACCAUGCUAGGUGAACCAGUCAACACAAAUCACAUUCCUGAUAGUGACAAAGACCGAUUUGUAACUACAGGCCAGGAAAACAGUAAGAAAGAACUAAGCAGAACAUACAGUAGGGGAAGACUUCCAGUCACACAAUUUCCUUAUCAAUUAGUCAGUGCUUCUGAGGAGAAAGGAUCUCAAGAAUUAGAGGAAAACAUCCACAAUAAGACCACUACAAACACACGCACAACUCCACCACUUCACUCAACUUUAACAGUAUCUUUACAACAACAAAAACUUCCUGGCAGGCCAGGUGUUCGGGGUAGAGGAAGCUUUUAUGUACAUUAUACCACAUCGGGAGGACCUCAACAAAGUCCAACGGUAGUGCCUGAAGGUAGAGGCAGACCUCGGAUCACCAGCACAGACAUUAGAUCAGUAACAGCACAUGCUGAGACUGAUGCCUAUUUGCCUUGUGUGACUGUGGGAAAACCCAUUCCCUUCCUUUCCUGGACUAAAGUAUCUACAGGAGCUAGUAUCACACAGAACAGCAGAGUUCAGAGAUUCGAGGUCUCUUCUAAUGGUACGCUUAUAAUCCACAAUGUACUUCCUCUGGACAGAGGCCAGUACCUCUGCAGUGUUCAAAACCAGUAUGGAGAGGACAAGAUUGUAGUUAAUUUAGUUGUUCUAGCUGAACACCCAAGAAUUCUGCAGCCUCGCUAUAGAGAAGCCACUGCAUACCUUGGAGAAACUGUCGAGUUUGAGUGUCAGUGCCAAGGGUAUCCUCAGCCUCGAAUCACCUGGAUCCUACCUGAUAGGAAAAUGGUACAUUCUAGUGGACCUACUCAUGGCACACCUGAGCACAUGGUCUCAGUCUUACCCAAUGGGACGCUUCACAUGAAAUCGGUCAGUCACAUGGAUCGAGGAAUUUAUAAAUGUAUUGCUAGCAAUGCUGCAGGUGCUGAUACCAUUUCCGUUCGACUGACUCUUGCUUCCUUGCCACCCAUCAUUCAGCAGCCAAGACAUGAGAAUGUCACUCUUUCAGAGGGAAGCACUGCCUACUUGAAUUGCACUGCCAGGGGUGCCCCUCCCCCUGCUAUUGGCUGGAUCACUCCUGAUGCCAUGCAGCUCCGACCCUCACAGUUUAUUAAUGGACGUAACUUGUUUGUAUUCCCCAAUGGGACACUCUAUAUUCGUAGUCUUGCUCCGACUGAUGCAGGGAGGUAUGAAUGCUCAGUAAACAAUGUGGUUGGCACUGCAUUGAGAGUUAUUAUUUUGACUGUAAAGAAGUCUAUAAUAUACUCAAGAGCCAAGAUUACAUUCUCAUCACCUAAAAAAACAGAUGUGGUCUAUGGAGGCUGGUUGCACCUGGACUGUAUUGCGUCAGGGAAUCCAGAACCCAGAAUCAUUUGGAGGACUCCGUCCAAAAAGCUUGUGGAUGCUCACUACAGUUACGAUCAAAUGAUCAAGGUCUCUGCCAACGGUACUCUAUCCAUCAUCUCUGUGACAGAGAAAGAUGACGGUGAAUACCUCUGUGUUGCUCGCAACAAAAUCGGGGAUGAUUUUGUGCCCUUUAAGGUCAACGUCCUGGCAAAACCUGCUAAAAUUGAGCAGAAGACAAAGUCUGAUUGGAAGGUGAUGUAUGGAGGUAACCUAAAAGUUGACUGUGUGGCCUCUGGACUACCUGAUCCUAAAAUCCAGUGGGCAUUGCCUGAUGGCACCAUGAUCAACAGUGUUGUGAAAUCUGAACGUAAUGUUGGCAGUCGAAGUCGCAGGUAUGUUGUCUUUGACAAUGGAACCCUCUUUUUUAAUGAAGUAGGGAUGCGUGAAGAGGGUGACUAUACAUGUUAUGCUGAGAACCAGGUUGGAAAAGAUGAGAUGAAAGUGCAUGUGGAAGUAGUUGCAGAUGUUCCUAUGAUUGCAAAUAAGACACAUGAUACCAUCAGGGUCCUCUAUGGAGAAUCCGUCUCCCUGCAGUGCAGUGCCAAGGGUGAGCCAACACCUGUUAUAUUGUGGUUCUCACCCACUAAUAGAGCCAUCACUUCAGUUUCAGACAAAUAUUUUAUACACAACAAUGGGACUCUAAUCAUUCAGAAAGUUCAGAGAUUUGAUGGUGGGAACUAUAUAUGUCUUGCCAGGAACAGUGCAGGACAGGAUCGCAAAGUGACCAGAGUGGAAAUUCUUGUCUCUCCACCUGCUAUUAAUGGCCUCAUAGGCACCACAAACUCAAUGAAAGUGUCUAGUGUGAGAGAUCAACGAAAACUAAUUGACUGUGAAACUACUGGUACACCUGUUCCCCGUGUCAUGUGGGUUCUUCCAGAAAAUGUUGUACUCCCCGCACCAUAUUAUGGCAGUCGAAUGACAGUACAUCGCAAUGGCACUUUGGAUAUCCGUUCAGUGAGAAUGACCGAUUCUGGCCAGUUAACCUGUGUUGCUCGUAAUGAGGGAGGUGAAACAAAACUCAGAGUUCAGCUUGAUGUAACAGAUGUUUUGGAGAAGCCGAAACUUAAGAGUCCUAAAAUGGAGUCACUCUUAUUGACCGUAGGCAGGACCAUUAACCUAAGCUGUUCAGUUGAGGGGUCACCAACCCCCGAGCUGACGUGGAUCCUUCUAAAUGGCUCCCCACUAUUGAGAGGUGCACAAUUCAGUAAAUUCCUCCACAAGUCUGAUGGGACUUUGGUCAUCAGUAACCCUACUCUCUCAGAGGCAGGUACAUAUCGUUGUUUGGGACGCAAUGCAGCUGGGCUGGUUGAAAGAAUGGUUACAUUAAUACCAGGGCACAAGCCAGAAAUCAAUAACAGGUAUAACUCACCUGUUAGUAUCAUAAAUGGGCAAAGUUUACAUCUGCACUGCUUGUCAAAUACUGACUCUGUCCGCCUCACCUGGACUCUGCCAAGCGGGAUAGUCUUGAACCGACCUCAAAGAGCAGGUCGUUAUGCUGUUCUUGCCAAUGGAACCCUCUCCAUCAAGCAGGCCUCUGUCCAUGACAGGGGCUCAUAUACCUGCAGGGCCUCAAAUGAAUAUGGAAGCUCCCUGGUGACUGUUCCAGUCAUCAUCAUUACAUAUCCACCCCGUAUCACUAGUGGCCCAGCUCCUGCUACCUAUGCUAAAAGAGGAGUGGCGGUACAACUUAACUGUGUGGCCACUGGGAUCCCCAAAUCAGAAAUCGCAUGGGAGACACCAGACCGAACGCGGCUUGUUGUCAGCCCCCAACCACGACUAAUUGGGAACAAGUACCUCCAUCCUCAGGGUUCCUUAAUCAUCCAGAAUCCUACAACAAGAGAUGCUGGACUGUACAGAUGCACAGCCAGAAAUGUGGUAGGGGUUGACUCAAAAGGUACAUACCUUUAUGUAUACUAAGAAACACAGGACAUCUACUCUUGAUAUGCCCAAGGAACUGCGAAAUUAAGCUUUAAGACAGCUUGAUAGCAAUACUGUAGAAUUUGUUAAUGUGAAAAAUAGAAUGGAAUCAGCCCAAUGCAAAAAAAAAAAAAAAAAAAAAAACAUUACAUUAUAUUUUGUCAAUGAUGUGAGCUUUACUUUAAAGUUUGCAAGUAAAACUUUGCAAAAUGUAAAAAGGUACUAUUCUUCAAAAGCUUGGAAUGGGAUUCAUGUAAUGUAACCAACCUACUGGUAUUACAAGGCAUCUUUCUACUUUUAAUGUUUGACAAUGACAGUUUAUGUCUAAAUGUAUAGAUACAAAAGAUACUGUAUAUAUUUGUAGCCAUGAAGAAAAAUGUAAAUGAUAUAUUCUGACUUUAUGGAAGCCAAUAAUGCAGAAUAUUUAAAAAAUCAGGGAUACCAUUAUUUUAAUCAAAAUAACAAUAAAAAACAUAAUUAUUCAAAACUUUCAAAUGUAAACAAGAUGCUCACUACACAUUUUUAACAACAUUUGAAUUUUUUCGAAAAUUAAUUUUCACAGUAUUACAAUCACAUAUUUUUAUUCAGCAUUCAAGAAUUACUAACAAAUGAAAUACAAAGUUUCCAGCAAUAGCUUUUUCAUAUGAUUUUUUUAUCUACAUUGCUCUAUUUGAAAAAUGUCAUACUUGUCCACUUGUAACACUUAUAAAUUAUUUUUCCUUUAAAAUAAUGUAUUUCUAUUUUGCAUAUUUUAAAUAAAGAUUACUUUUAAU